UAUAAAGUGUCUGAUAAUAGCUAAAACCAUUGUAUCUAUUCAAUGAGGAAUGUUUCCAAAAGAAGCAGCCACCAGGGCAGCCCUGCACUAUGCAUGAUCCUUGCAAAACUUAAAAAAUGGUUACUUUGUUCAAAAUGAUUUUAUUAUUUUACCCAUAGAAACGUUAACCUGCCAUAAUAUCAAUGUCAAUCCAUGUUUCAUACUGCUGCAUUUUCUCAAUGAGGGGUUCUCUUCAUUUUACUAUCAUAGACGCCUAGGCAACCAUUGAUUACAUGAUUGUAUGGUAGGCACUGUAUCACCUGCUUUCUUAUAGCUUGUCCAUUUCAAAGAUGUGUGAAAGCACUGAUUAGCUGAAAUGCUUCUUGGUUUAUGUUUAACCCAUUUGAGGCAAUACAGCAACCUAAUGGGGGUUUGUUUUUGUUUCAGUUUUCAGUGGAGUUCCAGCUCACAGCUUGCGCAUAACUGUAAGUAAAGCUUUCCUAUAUUGGAGAACUUAUUUUCAUGAUUAAAGAAAAAUACAUUUUGUAUUUGCCUUUAUGUGUUGAUCCGGAUUCCUGUUUCCCCCAUUGUAGAUGAACAUGUAUUUUCCUUGUCUCUUUUUUGAGUACUUGAUGGUAGAACUUUUCUAGGACUCUGUGGUAGCUGAUUGGUCCUUGUUUGUGAUAUUUAGACCCAUGUUUCUAUUGGUUUCUACAGUGCCAAAACAUAGAAUGUGACGGCAGAUAAGAACCAUUCGGCCCAUCUAGUCUGCCCAAUUUUCUAAAUACUUUCAUUAGUCCCUGGCCUUAUCUUAUAGUUAGGAUAGCCUUAUGCCUAUCCCAUGCAUGCUUAACCCCUUAAGGACACAUGACAUGUGUGACAUGUCAUGAUUCCCUUUUAUUCCAGAAGUUUGGUCCUUAAGGGGUUAAACUCCUUCACUGUGUUAACCAAAAAAUCUGAUUUACAUAAAGCAAGCAUACUGUAUACAAUGCAUUUUGCAAUAUUUUACUCUGUAAAUGUAAAACUGUUCAGUGUAUAAAAUGGUACCCACCAAAUAACAUUUCAGUUUCUUGUUUUUAUAUAAUAUGAUGGUGUUUGGUGCAUAAAUAUUUUUGAUAAACACAUUUGUCGUGUUUGAAGACUCCUUUAAAAGCAUGAACACUGCAUAUCUUGAAGCUGGCUAAUACCUUUUUAUUAUUAAAUCAGACUUGGCCCAGCCACACAACUCGAUUCUGCCCCUUACUGUGCAGAAACUAUGCUGCAGAGGCUAAAAAGACUUACCAAAGAGACAAGCCUCAUGUGAAUAUCGGCACUAUUGGACAUGUGGAUCAUGGGAAGACCACACUUACGGCUGCAAUUACUAAGAGUAGGUAUCCUGAUGCAAAAGGCCACUUUGAUCUGUGCUCUGUGCAGGAAAUCCACUGGCAAAUGCCAAUGAGAUGAAUUUGUUUCCAUGUAACGUUAUUCCAUUUACAGUUAGGAUAACCAGUGGAGACAGAUUGUAAAUUGCUGAAUAUGUGAGCACACCUUUCUAUGGAUGGCCUGUGUCCUUUACACAGCUUAAUUAUUUGCUCUGUAUAUACUUUUGCAGAUUAUAAAUAAUAAUUUGUAAAUUUGUGACUAAUGUUCGUAUUCUUUCCUCACAGUCCUGGCAGAGGCUGGUGGAGCCCAGUUUAAGAAAUAUGAAGAGAUUGAUAAUGCCCCUGAAGAGAAGGCUCGUGGCAUCACCAUUAAUGCAUCACACGUGGAAUACACCACGGCCAAUCGGCAUUAUGCGCACACUGAUUGCCCGGGGCAUGCGGACUAUGUAAAGGUGAAUAUAGCAUCUGGGGAUGGUUACAUUGUCUCCCUCUUAGAUCUGUGACAAUAGGAGGGCUAAGGUGAACUUUUCCUGUAAAGCAUGCAUUUUAAGCGGUGACUAGACAUUACCAGCUACAUAAUUUCAAUUCUCUUGUGGGUUCUGUGCAGAAUAUGAUCACUGGCACAUCUCAAAUGGAUGGCUGUAUCCUUGUGGUUGCUGCAACAGAUGGACAGAUGCCACAGACCCGUGAACAUUUACUGUUAGCUAAACAGGUUAGUAAUGUCAUUGUCUUACCUUGGGUUACAUUUAAUGGAACACUCCCAAGCACUGUACCCAGUGUUCUGUAGUGGUUAUGGUGCCAGGAGUUCCCGCCUCUUCUCAAAGACCAUUCAGAAUAAAACAUUACCCUUUUAUUUGUUAAGCAAUUACUUUACAGUUUCUUGUUGUGAAUAAUGACAGUCACAAUGUUCAAGUGAUGUUCAUGAGCUAUAUAUUGGGUGAAAUGUGCUGGAUACUUUGUAACUCCUCUCCUUGCCCCCUACCCAGAUUGGCGUGAAGCACAUUGUUGUGUUUAUUAACAAGGCUGACGCAGUAGAUGACAAGGAAAUGUUGGAUCUUGUGGAGCUGGAGGUGCGAGAACUGCUGACCGAAUUUGGAUACGAUGGCGAGAACACACCAGUGAUUACAGGAUCUGCUCUCUGUGCACUAGAGGUAUGUCUGUCAUCAUUUGAUUGGAAUAAAUGGAGUUGUGUGAAUCGGCUUUCGUGGUGAUAACGGUAGACUCUUCUCUGGUUGAACAAAAUCUAAUAGUUUUGUUAUUAUAACACUUUACAGAAUAAAAAUCAUGAUAUUGGCUUGAAUUCCAUCAUAAAACUGCUCGAUGCUGUGGAUACUUACAUUCCAGUUCCCCCUCGAGACCUCGACAAACCCUUCCUCCUUCCAGUGGAAGCCGUCCAUUCUAUUCCAGGUAUGGUGACAAAUUAUAGUUACAUUCAUUCAGUAGAAAUUGACUAUUGAUUUCUUUGUAGUUCAUGCAGAAAGUUUGUUGUAAUUUUCAUAGCCCUGUAUUGUAAAAAAAAAAUAAAAAAAUACAUUUAUAGUUUUUGGUGAGUAUGCCACAUUAGUCAGUAUGUGUGUGGACCAGUAGCAGUAUCCUGACAGGCCCCACUUAGAGGAGGACACAGAUGCGCACUGAAGAUAGAGGCUGGAGUGGGAACUAGAAUCCUGCAAUAUUUAUUUUAAUUUUUUUUUUUUUUUUUAAACAAAGGGAUUAGGGUCUUUGAUACUUUUGAAAAUAGAAUUAAAGGGAAACUCCAGUGCCAGGAAAACAAUCCGUUUUCCUGGCCUUGCAGGUUCCCUCUCCCUCCCAUCCCAUGUCCCUCGGCGGUGGUUGCGGGUCGGCGUCGCUCCUCCCUGUAAUUACGUCAGCCGUUGGGCUAGACUGAUCCCGCUCGCUGGCCAAGGAAACCUAAUGCGCAUGCACGCGCAUUAGGUCUCCCCAUAGGAAAGCAUUGAAAAUGGUUUUCAAUGCUUUCCUAUGGGGAACUGAGCGACGCUGGAGGUCCUCACACAGCUUGAGGACGUCCAGCAACGCUCUAGCAAAAAAAAUCUUUGCUAUGAAGCAGAAACUGCCCUGUGGAGUUAACCCUGCAAUGUAAUUAUUGCAGGGCACCCAGACCACUCCAAUGGGCAGAAGUGGUCUGGGUGCCUGGAGUGUCCCUUUAAUGGUUUACUGAAAGCCUCAUCAUAACCACUCCAGCCGCUGUCGAGGUUUUGAUGCUAGGAGUACUUGGCUUUGUUCCCCGAUAAUGGGGCAAACCGUUUACCAUCAGCUUGUCCUCUUACCUGGGUCCCACCAGGCGCCGAGCUUCCUUUAAUGGUAGGUGACGCACAUCUGGCUGCUGCAGAGCUGAUCCUGCCAGUCAUUCACUGGCUGAGAGCAUCAGCUGAGUUGACAUUAGCCAGCUCGGAACUCUCAUUUUGGGAUGACAAAUGACACUGCCUGAGGUGGAGUUACCAAUAAAACAUCUCUGGGCAUCAUUUCAAACUUGCUUUUCUAAUGAAAACAGGAAGUGGUUAUGGUGCGUGAAGUGCCCCUUUAACAUAUAGUGUCACAUUUUUUAUUUCUUCACCAGGCCGGGGGACAGUGGUGACAGGAACUUUGGAAAGGGGAACAAUCAAAAAAGGAGAUGACUGUGAAUUUGUUGGUCGUAACAAAUAUAUCAAGUCUGUGGUUACAGGUAAAACAUUACUUCCCUUCAGCUGUGGAACCAUGUAUUCUUUCAUAUCCUUUCUGUGUUCCUCUGCCUUCCACUGUUUACAGACUCUUAUCCUCCUUAGGACUUUUGCCAUUUUCUUCCAGGCAUCGAGAUGUUCCACCAAAACCUAGAACGUGCGGAGGCUGGAGAUAACUUGGGAGCUCUUGUUAGAGGGUUAAAGAGAGAGGACGUACGGCGAGGGAUGGUUAUGUGCAGACCAGGCUCCAUCAGACCCCACCAGAAGAUCCAGGCUCAGGUAUGCGUAGUUGGCCUUUUGGUGCUUAUUUACACCAUACAAACACAUGCAAAUAAUGGCAUUAAAAGGCAUGUGAAAAAAACCAUCAUCAACUUCAACCUUUUUUUAUCUUUGUACUGUUGCAUUCACAAACUGGACCAUUGUGUUUUCAUUUGUCUUUGUGUGUUUUCUAGUUAGCACUUACACACUCUCCUGAGUUUUUAGCCUGUCUUUAAGUGAUUUUAUUUUUCCUCCAGGUGUAUAUUCUUAGUAAGGAAGAAGGAGGGCGUCACAAGCCUUUUGUCAGUAAUUUCUUGCCUGUGAUGUUCUCUUUGACUUGGGAUAUGUCCUGUCGUGUUACACUUCCACCUGCGAAGGUUUGUAGUAUUCUUUGUUUAAUUGUCUUUGGAUUUACAUUAAUCCCAAACCUAAAGGCACUCUAUUUCACAUUGCUCUGCCCCUUCUAUCAACAUCCCUGAUUAACUCAUUCCCCUGCUUUUGUAGGAGAUGGUGAUGCCUGGAGAGGAUUCAACUCUGACAUUAACUCUUCGUCAACCCAUGGUCCUAGAAACCGGUCAACGUUUCACCCUGAGAGACGGAAACAAGACAAUCGGCACCGGGAUUGUGACCGACACCUUGGAGAUGGCACCAGAAGAUGAUAUAAAUUGGGGGGGCUGAACCCAACAAACUGAACUUAUAGUAAAGAAGGAGGUGUGUGUUUACUGCAUGGGAAGCUUAAACCAGAGAUGCAGUGAUAAGUGCGUACGCGACUCCCCUCCAGCACCUCAAGCUCUUUUCCUCUGUAAAAUAACCCUUUCCUCAAUAAAUGAGCUUUGGCACUUGGUUGUAAUCUA